UAACAUUCAUUUUUACUUUAAUUAUAAAUAUUAAUUGUUUUAAAAUAUUAGUAGUUAUUCCAAUGCCAGCAAUAAGUCAUCAAUCAGUGUUUCGCCCUUUAACACAGGAUUUAGCAAAACGUGGCCAUAAAGUAACUGUAAUAACAGCAUAUCCUGCAUUUGCCAAAGAUAAUUGUCCUAAAAAUUUAAAAGAAAUAGACGUGCACGAUGUUUCGUGUAAUUUAUGGAGACAGAACAUCGUCAAUAAUUAUGAAUUCGGAAAAAGAGAAAAUAUUAUCGAUCAAUCGUAUGAUAUUCUGAAAGUGGUAACAAACACUGUUGCAUUACAGCUAAAAGUAAAAGAAAUACAAGACCUAAUAACCAAUCAUGAAAUCGAUUUUGAUUUAUUGCUCAUAGAAUCUUGUACAAGAGCUGCUUUGGUGUAUUCGGAUAUAUUUAAAGUUCCUGUGGUACAAAUUAGUUCAUUUGGGAUGUGGCUUGGUGUUGAUGAAAAUAUGGGUGCGCCAAGCCAUCCCAUUUUAUACCCAAAUACAUUUCAUCAAAUCAUGUAUAACAUGUCACUUUGGGAAAAAUUAUACGAAUUGUACAAACAUUGGUUAAUAAAAAUGAAUUUCGAUGCUAUGGAGUCGAUGGAAAUUGCCACACUUCAAAAUAUUCUUGCAAUAAAAUUACCAAAUUAUAAUGUAUUAAAAAACAACGUUGAUAUGUCAUUUAUAAACACACAUCCACUGUGGAUUGAUAACCAACCCUUACCAAUAAAUAUUAUUUCAACAUGGGGAAUGCAUAAGAAACCUCAAAAAGAAUUACCACAGGACCUUAAAACUUAUUUAGAUUCAUCAACAAGGGGAGUGAUAUACGUGAGUUUUGGAUCAAUUGCUUUAUCAUCAAAUCUGCCUCCUGAAAAGGUUGAAAUCUUUACGCGAGUUUUUGCACAACUACAAUGUGAUAUAUUGUGGAAAUGGGAGACAGAUGAGUUACCUGGGAAACCUCCAAACAUUAAGAUAUCUAAAUGGUUUCCACAGUCUGACCUGUUACAACAUCCAAAUAUUAAGCUUUUUAUUACACAAGGAGGUCUUCAAUCCUUAGAAGAAGCUAUAAAUGCUGGUGUACCUUUGAUUGGUAUACCCGUAUAUGCUGACCAGUGGUACAACGUGGAGAAGAUUGUUCAUCGCAAAAUUGGCAUACAACUAGAGUUCCCUGAGCUACAAGAAGAACAUCUUAAAAGAGCAAUUGAGACACUUUUAAAUGAUACCAGUUAUCGUCAAAAUGUCCUCAAAUUACGAAGAAUCAUGAGUGACCAGCCGCAAAAUAGCUUGGAUCGAGCUGUCUGGUGGAUAGAACACGUGGGACGCCAAGAUGGUUCCAAAUAUUUACGAGCUCCCGCAGCCAACAUGUCCUGGAUAGAGUAUUAUGACGUUCAACUUGUAUUAAUAAUGAUAACAUGCAUCGCUGUAUUAAUACUUGUGUUCAGACUAUUGUUAAAUAUGUUUUGGAGCCUUCUUACAAUAACAAUGUUUUUGGCUUGAUACAAAUAUCAUAUGUUGUUAUCAAUGACGUUUAUUUACAUAGUUUGUAAUAUGUAUUCCGUCUUAUUCAAUUCAAACUGCAAAUUUUAAUAAAAUGAAAUAUUUACAUGA